AUGAGUUCUUUGCAAGAACUUUCAGCCGAGCUUGGGAAAGCUAUGAAUAUUUGUAUGGAUAAAAUUAUACCCAAAAUCCCGACAAAUGAAAUUUCUGAAAGUGUCGAAGAUGAUAACGAGCGGAUGAUUGACCUUCAGUUACAUCGUUACCUUGAAGAAGACCAAGAACAACCUUCACAAGCUAUCGAACUCCAGAUGCACAAUUAUUUUCAAAUAGCAAAGCAAUUACAAAUAAAGCUCGAGAGGAUAGUUUAUCAUGAGAGAAAUAAAGAUGAGCGUGCAUUAAAAGAUGAAAUUGCGUGUCUUGAGCAAGAAGUCGAGAGAAAACGAGAGGUAAUAACUAAAUACACCACGUUAAUGCAAAAAUGGUCGAGGGAAUUUAUUAAACUUGAUGAGGAAUGUGAUACUCCAUUGCCCAAAUUUGAGUAA